CGUUUCUAUUUAUUCACUAAACUUUUUAGCAAGGUGAACUUCCCCUUUAAAUAUAGGAAUUUGCUUGCAAAUCGCCAUAUGGGCCAUCGUUGCGAAGUCCAGUUCCCGCUUCAUGAUGAAAUGUCCGCUGAUUGGUUGAAAGUGAAGUACACUCGAGAAGGGUUCUUCGUGAUAUUUGGACUCUCUCAUCUUGCAAGAAGAUCUGCCUUGAGGAAGAGUCUGCUUCCGAUGCAAGGAAAUGAGUUUCAUCUUUGUGGAUCCCGCCAGAAAUGUGACAAUCGGAAAAAUUAAACAAGAAAGAUGAACCACAAAGAAAAACGCCGCAAAUUUGUGUUUAUGUGUUCAUUAAUUAGAUAGUUUACAAUCGGAAAAGAUAAAAAAAAAGGGAAAAAAAGAAAAAUUAUCUUCAAAGGGGAAAGCCGGGGAGUGUCGGAACGGAAGGACUUUUCUUUAUUCAUUGAUUUACUUACUUGUCUCAUAAUUUGUAUUCGUUUAAUCUAUGUCGCAAUUCGUCUAUAAAAGGCUUGAGAAAAUAUUCUUAGUAGCCAGUCUCACAAGUUUUCUAGCUUGGUUAACAUACUGUAGUAACUAAAAUGGAUGAUCAUCAACCUUCGCAGGCACUUAGAAGAAAAAAGUCACCAGUUUGGGAGCAUUUUCGAAUCGAUGAAAAUGACGAGUGCAAAGCUAUCUGCAUUCAUUGCAGUAAAUCUGUAUCUCGUGGGACCUGCAAAAGAAAGUUUAAUACAACAAACUUAGCGAGGCAUGUGCAAGUUUGUCUUUAUAUCCCACGACGCCGCCCACAGCCAAACGCACCAUCAUCAUCCUCCUCUUCAUCGACAACUUCGUCAUCGACAUCUCCGUCAUCGACAUCUACAUCAUCGACAUCAAGCCAGCCGAGGCCUAGAGGAAGAGAGCAGCAGACAUCGUUGACGUCGUUUAUGUCUGUCGAGUCGGCAUACCCCCACAACCACCCUAGACAAGUUGCAAUAUCUCGGAAAAUAGCAUUGAUGAUGGCCCUAGAUUUUCGCCCAUUUAACAUCGUCGAGAACGAAGGUUUUCGAAAUCUUGUGCAAUACAUGGACCCUCGCUAUAGAAUGCCUUCCAGACCAGUAUUUUCUAUGAAUUUAGUACCUGCUAUCUAUUGCGAGGUGAAGAUGGCACUUCAAAAAGAUCUGAGGAGGACGGUUGUACCAUUUAGCUUUACCACCGAUAUGUGGAGAGGCCAAAACACCGAGUACAUGUGUGUUACGCUACAUUGGUUGGUGACGAAUGAAGAAAGAGUAAGUAAUCUAUUUUAUUAUUUUGUUCUAUGUUCUAAUAUGCACCUUUUACUCUUUGAUUUUCUCCCUCAUAUUUUGAGAGAAAAAAUAAUUAAAGAAGUUUUAUUUCAUCUCUUGAAUAGUAUUUUUCUUCCUUUAUAUAAUUACUCCGUAUUUUGUUCAUUAUAUUUUAUUCAUACGAGUCUCUUCCAAAACCUUUCUGAUUUUUGUUGCAAUGAUGUUAUCAUAACGGAUUUAUAAUGAUUCCGGUGUCAAUGUUAAUCUUAGAAUUUCGCUUUAACAAUAUUAAUCCCAUAAACACACUCAAUUGCCCAUUUUAAAAUACGCAAAACAUAAAAAACUGAUUGGUUAUCGUGAUGGCCACGCAUUACGUGUACGUGUGUUUUCAUCCUCCUUAAUUGUUAAAUCCGUAACUACGGUGACUUCAAAAAUGGUUUAACUUUGAAGUAUGAUUGUUUUUCAUAAUCAUGAAGGACAGUCUUGAAUGUAAGCGGUCAAUUAUUCCCUUACAUUUUCCCAAAAUUUAUUUGGCUCCCAAAGUUCAAUAAUUCUAUCUCAUCAGAAUGAAACUUUUAAUGCUUUAAAGUUUCUCUAAUUCUCCCUAUAAGCCAUAUGUUCACUUUUUUAAAUGUUAAAUAGGAAUUGCAGAAAAUUCGAGACUUAUUCGAAUAUAUUUUGUUUUUUUUAUAAAUUUGACAGAUACCACAACUAAGAAGCGCUUUAUUGAGUAUCCAAGAAUUUAGCCAGGCUGCAACGGCCGACAACAUUCGAUCACGGCUCGAAAAAGUUGUAGAUGAGUGGUGCCACGAUACGAGAGCGAUGGGCAUCAUGUGCGGGGUGAGCGACAACGGGGCGAACAUCAAGAAGAGUCUCCGAGACGCAGCCAACAACGGGAGCAUCCACGGCUCCGUUUCAUGCCUCGCUCAUAAUCUCAACCUCGUGGUGCAUGAUGUAAUGAAGACCCAGCGCCGUAUCUUAGACGGAUUGACUGUCCUCCGGAAGAUUGUUUCUAAAGUGAAGAACUCUAUGCCAGUAAAGCGUAAAUUUGAGGAGCUUCUCAAAAUCUACUACCCCAACUCCACCCACAUCAAGCUCCAAGCAGACGUUGAGACACGGUGGAAUAGCUGCCUGAGGAUGCUCUCUACGAUUCUACCUCAGCGACUUGCAAUCGAGGCCCUCAUCCAGGAUCGUGUCAUGCAGUCCCAUGGUGUGGGGCUCCCAAAAUGUUACAACCACUGGACAGACAUGUGCGACACGAUGCAAGAAUUUGUGAAGGUCCUCGAGCCGUUUCACGAGGCAACACUCCUGUGCAGUAAGACGACCUCCUCACUUUCAUCGUACUUUCCAACAUUAAAGGGGCUUAUUGUGUCUGUGGAGCGUGCUCAGGUGAGGGGGAUAGGCGCCACUAAAGAUCAACUCUUGAAGAAACUUCGCGAAGUGAUGGCGACCCACGUCAUGUCUGAUGACAACGACCACAUCUACUUGGCAGCAACUCUGCUAGACCCUCGAUACAAGAAGAAGUUCAUCCCCCGCCACAAACGGGAACAGGUGGAAUCGGCGGUUAUAGACGCCAUCAUCUCCGUCAUUGAGAGAAAAUAUACAAGACCAAUCUCGGCGGCUAACAGAGAUCAGGAUGAGACCGAAGAAGAGUCAGAGCAAACUCAAGAAUACGGCGACCCAUACGACUCCGAUGAGACGCCGCCUGAGUACACCAACGACGAUGGCGACAAUGGUAGCCCUGCCACGCCCAUCAACAAUCAACCUCCGCCUCCUGUUCAAGACAGUCAUGCUGCAACUAACAUGGAGGGUGCAUCUCUAAUGGCAGGAAUACUGGCAGCAACGGAGCCUGAUAGUGAUGACGACAUCGCGGUGGAUAUUGAAUCUCUCCGCGAUGUCGCAUUACGAGAACUCAAGCGGUACCUUGAUAAACCCAAUAUUGACACAACAAGCGGUCAGGAAGCAGUUCUACGUUAUUUCGGAGAGAUUUCCCAAACUUAA